AUGGGCAAUUGUCUGAAUCAGUCCUGUACUGAGGAUGAAAUCUGCAUUGCUGGUAAAUGUGUUCCUGUUUUAGAGGAAAAAAUAUACAAAGAUUGUUCAGAUAUUGUGAAAAGAGACCCCAGUAGAAAAGGACAAGAUGGAGUGUACGUUAUUUACCCUGACACCAGGAGAGAGGUCUUCUGUGACAUGACGACGGAUGGAGGAGGGUGGACAGUCAUUCAGAAACGAGAAGAUGGUGAGACGGAUUUUUACAGGACAUGGAAAGGGUAUAAAGAAGGAUUUGGGAAUGCCGCUAAGAACUACUGGAUUGGGAAUGACGCAAUCUAUGCCUUAACAAAGGAUGAAAACGAGAAACUCCGAAUUGAUCUACAGAGACAUAACGGAGAACAG